AUGAAAAACGAGUUUGACAACUUGAAGAAAGAUUGGGUCGCCUGGAAGAAGUUGGAGAAUGUCAGCCACGGCUUGACAGGGAUUGGGUACGACCAUGAGACAGGCUUGAUCACUGCACUUGACCAUUGGUGGGCGAAAAUGCAAGCAAUGAACAACCGAUGUGCUAAAUUCAGGAGUAAGCCUGUAGAGCACGUGGAUCUCAUGGAGCGGGUUAGCCAAUUACGGGUCGGGGUUAUUACAUCUAGCGCAACAGCGACUGGGAAACAUGCAUGGACUCCAACAGAAGUGCAAGAUGCUGCUGCUGCUGCGACCAAUGCCAUGGACGUGGAUAGCGGGAUGGGACCUCUCAGUGCAGGCACACCACUACAGCCGGGCCAUGACACUGUCGGGGAGAACGUGGUUGAUAGUAGCCUAUUUGAGGAUGCUCUCCUCCAGUCAGCUGUGGAAGGAUCAACCAAUCCAAAAUGGCACAAGUGGGCAACGCCUGGUACUGUUGCUAGCAGCAUGGACAAUCUCGUGGAAUUAGUGAGCAAACAAAGCAGGGAGCUGAAAAUCACGCAAUAUGUUGUCACGGGUAAAGGUGACAACACAGUGGGGGACUAUCUUGCACGGCUUAUGAGCACGCCUGGAUUAGAGACAGGCGGUAAGUUGUUUUCAUUCGCAUGUGGCAUAAUGGAUUCACCCGAUAAUGGGGACAUCAUCAUGGCCCUCUCCCAGAAUUGCAUUGUCAACUGGUUGACAGAGAAGCGUGCCUACACGCCGGCCAAUGUUGGCAGGGAUCGUGAAGGGGGGACACGGCUGUUCGGGAGUGGUGGUGCUGUUGACUUGGACUAG